AUGUGCAUUCUUUCGGGAAUUCGCGGCCUGACAGCGUUCUUGGAUCGUUUCCCUUCCGUCUGGGACACUCUCGUUUUGAAGCCACUGACUCCGGCGGAGAUCAAGGAGGGCAAGCAAAGAACGAUCAAGCUAGCUGUCGAUGGCUACGCAUUGCUCUACUACCUGUACUUCUCCAAUAACUUCAACUGUGUCUGUGGAGGACAGUAUGGGCAGUUUGCAGAGUUCACGAGGACCUACAUCACAAACCUUCAGAAGAACGGGUUCUCGCUCUUCGUCGUCAUGGAUGGCACCAUCGAGGAGGUCAAGGAGCAGACGGUCGUGCAGCGGGAGACUGACCUGGUCAAGACGGUGAAGCAGCUGACCAGCGCUGAGAAGUACUGGGGCAAGAAGGCACUUCCCAUCCUCUGCCGCCACGUGUUCGUCGAGGUCUUGCAGGCUCUCAACGUCAAGAUCGCGUUCGUGGACGGGGAGGCGGACAAGGUGGUGGCUGCUCUUGCGCGAGCCAAUACAUGCUGCGCCAUCUCCAAGGACUCCGACUUCUACGUGCUCGAGCUCCCUGCGGGCUACAUCCCCGUCGACAUGCUCGAGGUCAACCGCUCCGGUCACGUGGUCGCCAAGAGGUUCGCGCGCUCUCGCUUCCUCCAGGUCAGCAUGGUUGUGCAGGAAGAGGAGGAGGAGGAGGAGGAGGAGGAGGGGAUCACGUUGACGUGGGAGCAGGAGUUGGGGCUCAAGUCAGAGCUUUUCCCUCUCUUUGCGUCUGCUGUCGGCAACGACUUCGUGGGCCUGGAGCUUCUUCGUCCCUUCCACGUCAGCCUCGCUCAGGAGGAGGCGACUUUGCCUGCCGGCUGGCAGGGAGGAGACAAGGAGCCAACGAUCCGCGACCUCCUGAUUGUGAAAGUUGCAGCGUUCAUCGCCAAACAUGAGACUGAGAGUGCGGCGAUCAAGGCGAUCUUGGAAGCUGCGGUGAAGCAGCACGAGCAGGACGUAGCCAACGGGGAGGAAGUGAAGACAACGGGAGACGAGGAGGAGGGAGACAAGGCGCAAGUCUUCACCAAGGAAGCGUUGGAGGAGGCGAUCAAGACUUCCAUUGAGCAGUACAAACUCGAUCCUGCGCUCGUGAAGGCGAUAGGGCCGGAGACCAAGUUGACGACAGGAGCCAAGUGCGGCAUGUCGCCCGCGGUUGUGCAGAAAUUUCGGGAAGGAAACUUUGACGCGAAGACGAUCAACGUGCUGACCAGAGGCUCCUUCUGGUGUGGCGGGCUGGUGGAGGACGUGGAUGCUGAGUCAGCGUGGUCCUCCUCACGUCCCAUCCGCUCGGCCAUGUACGCGAUGCUGCUGGAGGGAUCGAGGAAGACUGUCAGCGAGCGGGUCCGAGUGGAGGGUCACAAGUUUGGGGAGGAGGAGGUGGAGGUCGCCUCCUCUAGCCCCCUGCCCUUCUCCGAGGUCUUGAAAGGAGCUGAUGCGGCCAAGAGGAGGAAGGUUCUGUUCGAUGUGCUCGGCGAGGCCCCGGCCAACGUCCCCGACAACCUUGUCCUUGCCGCUGCCUGCGUCCGCUACUGGAUCAAGACACAGGCUCCCAUCACCUCUGUGGAAGUCGCUGCCGUUCUUGCCACCAUGCUGCAGCGAGACGAGGACAAGAACAUUCGCCCGAGCAAGGAGGCGAGACCUGGAUGGUUCAGUAUCAAGUUUGCUCACAGACUCGCCCAUCUCCAAACCACCUUCCUUAGUGCGAACCUUCUCGACGAGAUCUUGUUGCAUCCUGUACCUGCGAUCAAUGCGGCAGAGGCAUAUGACGGAGAGUUCUGCCAUCGCUUCCAUCACCUUCAGUUCCGUGCCAAGGGCAUCUCUGCGCUUUCAGAACAGCUCCGCAAGGAUGGAGUCGACUGGCAGACGUUUUGGAGCAUGUACAAGGCAGUAACGGACAAACUUGAUGACAAGAUCAAAGGAAGCAUCCAAGAGAACCUUGAGGGCGGAAUCAUGUGGGGCCCCUCGGGUCCUGAGGGAAGAGACGAGACAGUGGAGAAAAAUGUCGACCUGUCCAAACUGGUUGACGCCAAGAAGGGCGCACAGGCCAAGGGUGUAACGGGAGGCCUGUUUGGAACUCUCCUAGGCGACGAGGAGGAUGACGAGGAGGAUGAAGAGGAAGAGGAGGAGGUUCCAGUGAAGCCAGCAAGCGCAGCGGGAGAAAGCGCGGCAGUAGAUGACGGGAAGAAGAAGAAGAAGAAGGAAGACGAGGAUGAGGAGCUUGCGAAGGUGUUGGCCGAGAUGGAGGCUGUUGAUUCGAAGCGAGAGCUGCAGAAGAAGAAGGAGAAAGACAGGAAGAAGAAGAAGUAG